GAAGUUAUCGUAAGAACAUCUGCAGGCCAAAGUGAUCCCUUCUUUGAGAGAGAAUUCUACGGGCCUGAGACUCAGCGAUCAUGGCUGCUGCCUCCCCACUGAGAAGCCUGGAGGAUGAGGUGCUGUGCCCCAUCUGCCUCGACUACUUGAGAGACCCAGUCACCAUUGACUGUGGCCAUGUCUUCUGCUACUACUGCAUUACUAAGGUCUGUGAAGCCGCCCGGCAGCCCCUGUGUUCUCUUUGCAAGACAGCCUUUAAGAAAGAGAAUAUCCGUCACGUGUGGCAGUUGGCCCGGUUGGUGGAGAGCAUCUGGAGGAUGAAGGAAGAUGAGGAGAGACAACCUCAAGAGGAAAGACCACCUGAGCAACGAGCAGAGACCAUGUGUAGGCGACAUCUGGAGAAGUUCCAUUACUACUGCAAGGAUGACCAGCAGGUCCUGUGCGUCUUGUGCCGGGAGUCCCGGGAGCACAGACACCAUGCUGUCGUGCUCCUGGACAAGGCUGCGCAACCGUAUCGGAGUAAAGUUCUAAACCACCUGAAGGUGCUGAAGGGAGACAGGGACCGGAUUCAGAAUUUCCAGUCUGCAAGAGAAUAUAAGAUUCGGGCACUCCUGACAAAAUUCCAGAGCUACAGACAAGACAUUGGGUCAGUGUUUGAACAGAGCCAUAAGUGCUUGAGAGAACGGGAACAGUACCUGCUGGCGUGGCUGGAGGGGUUAGAGCAAGAUCUUACUGAAGAAAGGAACAGCCAUGUUUCCAAGGGUGCCGAGGAAGUCACCCGGCUUGGGAACCUGAUUUCUGAGUUGGAGAAGAAGGCUCGGACGUCAGCGCUUGAACUUUUGCAGGACCCACCCCAUGAUGUCGUAAGCAAAUAUCCCCGGAAGAAGUACUGGAUUGAAAAGCCUAUCAGUCCAGCAAUCAGAAAACAAACAGACGAAUUUUCAGAUAAACUUGUAUCAUUAGCAAAAGGACUGAGAGGUUUCCAUGGAAAAUUGAUGAGGGACCUGGAGUUUAAAACAAUAAGGAUCGUCCUGAAUACACAAACAGCCAAUGGCUACCUCUCAGUGUCUGCAAAUGGGAAGAGUAUAAUAUUCACUGACUUGUGGAUGAGCAACUAUCAUCAUGGUCAGCGAUUUGAUCCUGAGCCUGGUGUGCUGGGCAAUAAGGGCUUCACCUGGGGCAAAGUGUACUGGGAAGUAAAGGUGGAUAGGAUAUGGUGGGGAGCUGAGGAUGAGGACGCAGCAAUGAGACAUAGGAGUGGAGUCCAAAGUGUAUUUAGCAGUAGUUAUUUUUCUGGGUUCAUGGACACCUCUGAUGGAUAUCGUUCUACUGGAUUUAGAAAUGACAUUGAAAGGUUGGAGGAGGAAUGGCCUCCGGAAAAUGGAAUACGGUCCAAAUUCUGCCUGGUGGGGGUAGCAAGAGAGUCUGUGGUAAGAAGAGGGUUUCUCAAUUUCACCCCUGAGGAAGGAUUCUGGACUUUGCGGCUGUCUUCAGCUGGAGUCUCUGUAUGUACAGGUACGGAGCCUUUUCAGAUCCUGUCCUACUGCCCAAGGCAGAUUGGAGUUGCUCUGAAUUAUGAUGGGGGGACGGUAACCUUUGUUAAUGCCAGAACGCAGGAGCUUAUCUAUGAAUUCUCAUCUCCCUUCACUGGGAGAGUUUUUCCUUUCCUGUGGCUUAAUUGCAUGAGAUCUAGACUUACACUGAGCCCCUGAGAGAACGCCACAUGAGCACAGCCCCACUUAGUUCCUUCCUCCCAACUCUGGCCGUCUCGCUGGGGUUUCAGAUGACUUAGGCAACUAGAACAAUGUGAUGUGUAUAUAGUCAGGCGUCCUCUCUGCUUCAUCUCUAAAAUGAGGAUGAUGAUACUUGAUCUGUUUUAUUUACAGUAGAAGCGUUGAAAUGUUUUCAGAGUGCUAAAUAAAGUGAGUGCUAUUCUUAA